AUGGAGAUCAACCAAGAAAUAGGUUUGGAUCUAUAUCUGCCUGAAAAUAAUGAUGAACCAAAGCCAGUUGUGAUAUUUGUAACUGGUGGAGCUUGGAUUAUUGGGUACAAAGCGUGGGGUUCUCUUUUAGGAAAGCAAUUGGCAGAAAGAGACAUAAUAGUGGCAUGCCUUGACUACAGAAAUUUUCCUCAGGGGACUAUUAGUGAUAUGAUAAAAGAUUCUUCUCAGGGAAUCUCAUUUGUCUGCAAUCACAUAGCUGGAUACGGGGGUGACCCUAACAGGAUAUAUCUAAUGGGGCAAUUGGCUGGUGCACACAUUUCUGCUUGUGCUCUCGUGGAGCAAGCAAUCAAAGAAUCUGAAUCUGGAAAAGGAGAGAGUAUUUCUUGGAGUGUCUCUCAACUAAAAGCUUAUUUUGGUUUAUCUGGAGGGUAAAUUUUUAUCUGUUCCUUUUGUUGUGAAUCUCGUGGAAGUUUGUUGAAUCUGAUCAGGGCCUGUCCAUAGCCUUUUUGAGCAGUUCACCUUUUACUAGUGGAUAUUUGUUAAUGAUUGUUUGGAUCAUCCCUGGGGUUUAACCUUUUGUGAACCCAGACCAGAAACAUCUAGCUUUGGAACUUGUUGAUAAUGAGAGUAUUAGGUUCAUGAGAGAAUGGGACUCUGUCCACUGGUGCUUUUACCAAAUUUUGGUCACCGGUUGUUGACGUCUUCUCAGUACCAUGAAUCAUAAAUCGGUUCUCACUCGAAUCCUGGAAAUAGUAAGCAAUAUGCCCCUUGGCCUGCCUUUUGCAGAUAUGGAAUGAUGCCCAUAGCUUUUAGCGUUCCCAUACUAAUGGCGCAUGGAUGGACCAACUGAACAUCUACCAAUUUGCCUUCUCAAUUACUGUGUGCCAGAGUUUGGAACUGCAGCUCUGUGAAAUCUGUUUUUCCUAUUGCACAGCUUUGAGUUUCUUUUGUGGACCUGUAGUUUAGCAAAUAUACUCUUUAAGUUACUGUGCUUUUUGAUUAUUGGAGAUAAUGUAGUAAAGGAAGGCCUUCAGAUUUUCAAAGAGGUGCCACACGCAUGCUAUACAUGUUAUUGUUAAUCAUGACUAUCUUAAGUUACUUAGAAUGUGCGGAUCCUUGUGGUAUGCGUAACAGGAAAGAGAAUGUGGUACCACCUCUUAUCCUUGAAUGUGUUAUAUCAUUGGAAGAUGGAAUGU